AUGUCCUCUCGACGCCUCGAUGUUCCCCAAAGCAGGAGUGGUUCUAAGCCUCCAAGACUAGUCAGAUCGAACUCGUCCUUGUCCUUCGCCAAAGAAGCGGGCAUCUCCAAGCGUCGCCAUGAUUCCCGUCAGCGUCGUCCUAAUGCGACGACCGUUCCCGGAACCGUGGCUCGUGCAGAUAGUAAUCCCAACCCCAUCUCACCGAUCGUCACCCUCGUAGUUGGCCAAGAAUGUCGCAUCUUCGCCGCCCACGAAAACGUGCUAUCCGCUUCUCCUUUCUUCAAGAACGUCCUCGACACUCAAUUUUCCGGUGGCGAAACCAAGCGGAUAUUGCUUCCCAACGAGGAACCCGAGAUCUUUGCCUCGGUGCUCGAGUACCUCUACAAAGGCGACUACCAUCCCCGCCUCGUUCACGAUAUGAAUCAGAACACGUGGGAAUUGGAGGAGUUACCAGUAGCAGCAACAGCACGGAGGAACGGCGGCCGUGGUGGCGGUGGUGGACGGGAGGCUCCUACCAUCUAUCAUCACUCGGUGGAUGGCGAGGUGUUGAAGGAUACGGUGAUCUACUGCGCUGGAGAGAAGUAUGGGCUGGAAGAGCUGAAGAGGAUUGCAUUGAGGAAGCAAGGUCUUCAGUGCGGAAUAAUGGCCAGCACAAUCCUGACCUCUGCCAGAUACGCCUACGCCAACACCCCUGACACUGACUCCAAGCUCCGAGCUCAUUACCUCGCGCUCAUCAUCCGCGGCCGCAACACGUUCAAGCGCAGCGGCACCAUGCAACUGGAGAUGUUCCACGGCGGGAGUGAUCUCUUCUUUGACUUGUUUGUAGCGUUGUGUAAUCACGUUGAUGAUCUUUCGGUUGCUUCUUCUAGCACUCAACAUGAUACCCAACAGGACACUCAACAUGACACUCAACACGAUACCCAACAGGACAUUCAACAUGACACACAACACGACACUCAACAAAGCUCCGGCAGCGAAAAGGACUCGAAAUCGUGA